AUUUGCUUACAUGUUCUUUGCUCCUGCAGCAUCAGUAGCUGGUUGGUCCUACUGUAGACCCGUUAUUGUAGUAGAUGCAACGUUUUUAAAGUCCAAAUGUCGUGGUGUUCUAUUUGUUGCUAUAUCAAAGGAUGCAAACAAUCAAAUCGUUCCUCUAUGUUUUGGUGUAGCAGAAUCAGAAAACAAUGAGGCAUACAUUUGGUUCUUCGGGGAAAUGAGAAAAGCAAUUCAAGUCUGUCGUGAACUAGAUUUCUUGUCAGAUAGAAACCAAUCGAUCACAAAUGGGAUUAGAAAAGUUUUUCCUGAAGCUCACCAUGGUAUCUGCCUCUAUCACUUUGAGAAAAAUUUAAAGCAAAGACAUGCAAAAGCCACGGUAAUAAAUUUUUUUCAAAGUGCUGCAAGGUCAUACAAACGUGAAGAUUUUAAUCAGUUAAUGUCCCAACUCAAAAGUAUUGACAAGAAAACAUACAAUUACAUAAUGGAAGAGCCUCCCGAGAGAUGGGCUCGAUCGUGGUUCCCACGGCGGCGUUAUGAUAUGCUAACAACAAACAUGGUAGGAUCAAUGAAUUCUGUUUUACUAAAAGGGAGUGAAAUGCCUAUUUUAAGAAUGUUAGAUUUCAUCCAAGAAAAGUUGGGAGAGUGGUUUUACGAACGGAGAAAAAAGGCAAAUGAAACUUUUCACAGAGUAUCAAUAUUGGCAGAAGAAGAGAUGACUAAGAAGAUGGACUUGGCUUGCAAAAUGUUUGUGAGUAUAUUUAUUAACUUCAGCUUUUUAUAUGUGUUGCAGUGA